CUGAGAGAGCUAUGCAGGAACAACAUGUGAAGACUUUACUGCAAGGUGGGUGUGAUGAACAGAGAGACUGGUUGCUGAACACUGGAUCUUGGCAAUUACACACACAGUGGAAUUCCUGCUCAGGUGCUAACCAGCAAGUAAUCAAGACUGCAGUUUGUAUGAGAAGCAGAUGCCUGUUUGCAGAAUUAGCAAAGGUGCAGAGAACAAUACUACGCCAACAACAUUAUCAACAGCACAUCCUGCCAGUAACUCAGCAGCAACAGGUGGUACCUCUUCUACUUUGAAUACAACAGCAACAACAAAUUCUACUGGUACUGUAACUACAUCAGCUAUCAGCCUUGUAACCAAUGAUACCACCACGAAGAAUGAAACAGAGCACACAUCUGCUACGAUCUCAACUCCACAUAUGCCUGAAGCUGUCACUGAUAUAAACAAUCAUACAGGCAGUACGCAUAGCAUAUCUAAUUUCACCACCCAGACCCCAGACAGGACACAGACCUCUUACAAUGCAUCUAUUCCAGGAGAUACUCAGGAAACAUAUAAAGGCCUGUCUGAUAACCCAGGCCUGGUCGCUGUCAUCUGCAUUUUUGUCUGCCUUCUCUGCAUUGCGCUUACUGUGACAGCUGUGAAGUUCUGCCAGAGAAAUGAUCCAGAAUUUAAGAAACUGGAUGAGGUUCCCAUGAAUGGCAUGAAUGAAGAAGCUCCCUUUGCACGUUAUCCUCCAAAAUAAUGGGACAUCAAUAUGACAGCUUGAUCAUUUGUCUUCAUGUGAAAAGUCUUCCACAUUUCUGUAGUAUGGGCCUAAUUCUGAGUUGAUCGCAGCAGCAAAUUUGUUAGCAAU